UUCAGCCUCAGCCAAUCCCCGCGCUCCGCUGCGUACCGGGUGUGCCUUCUCGACCAAUCACAGCCGGGAGCGCUGACCGGGAGACAGAAGAGCUCCGCUACUUUUGACUGUCUCCUCUCACUUUGAACCGGUGUCAACAAACAACAACAACAAUAUCUUCUUGCUUGCUACACUACUUUGGCACUACUACAUUUCAAAGAGGCCCCAAAACUGGUGAAUAAAACCGAGCGAAGGGAAAACGUAACUCUUUUUAACACCCCCAAAUCGAAUUUUCUUCCUUUUUUCUCCGCCACAUUGACUCCUCGGAGGGUUGAGGCUGUCCCGGGACGCUGCUGCUGGCUGUAGCCCGGUGCGGCUAACCGAAGCUAACCGCUCCAGGAGGCUUCCACACGGGAGAAUUAAACGGCGACUUGCUGCUACAAACUCGGUGUUGUCGCAGCAGCCUCCCCGUUAGGAGGAGGGAUCUGUAUCACUGGGGUGUCGGAGGUAUGACUGCGUUGGCGGGGUCAAUACCCAGGAUGAUGCGACCCACGCUGGCUCAGAACUACCCCCGCAGUGGCUUCCCACUGGAAGUGUCUACCCCGCUGGGUCAAGGCCGUGUGAACCAGCUCGGAGGAGUUUUCAUAAAUGGCAGACCUUUGCCCAACCACAUCCGACAUAAAAUCGUGGAGAUGGCGCACCACGGCAUCAGGCCGUGCGUCAUCUCCCGGCAGCUCCGGGUCUCACACGGCUGCGUGUCCAAGAUCCUGUGCCGGUACCAGGAGACGGGCUCCAUCAGACCCGGGGCCAUCGGUGGCAGCAAACCCAAGCAGGGAACAACGCCGGACGUAGAGAAGAGAAUAGAAGAAUACAAGCGGGAAAACCCGGGUAUGUUUAGCUGGGAGAUUCGGGAUAAAUUACUGAAGGAUGGGAUAUGUGACCGCAACAACGUGCCUUCAGUGAGCUCCAUCAGUCGCACUAUGCGGAGUAAGUUCGGGGGAAAAGGCGAUGAAGAGGAUGAUGAAGAGGAGAUCGAGAGGAAGGAGCUGGAGGAGAACGACCGGAGGGCCAAACACAGCAUUGAAGGCAUCUUAGGAGACAGAUCGAGUCACUCCGAUGAGGGUUCGGACGUGGAGUCAGAGCCUGAUCUGCCGCUUAAGAGGAAGCAGCGGCGCAGUCGGACCACCUUCACAGCGGAGCAGCUGGAGGAGCUGGAGAGGGCCUUCGAGAGGACCCACUACCCCGACAUCUACACCAGGGAGGAGCUCGCCCAGAGGGCCAAACUCACCGAGGCCAGGGUCCAGGUUUGGUUCAGCAACAGGCGGGCGAGGUGGAGGAAGCAAGCAGGAGCCAGUCAACUGAUGGCAUUUAAUCACCUGAUCCCGGGGGGUUUCCCACCUUCAGCCAUGUCCAGCAUCCCCCCCUACCAGCUGUCUGACAGCAGCUACCCCCCCUCAUCUAUAGCACAAGUGUCGGAGCCCCCCAGCACGGUGCAUCGGCCCCAGCCUCUCCCUCCCUCCUCGGGCCACCAAUCCAGCGCUGGUGGAGGGCAGGUAGAGGGAGGCUCCGCCUACUGCCUCGCCUCCGGACGCCACUCCUUCUCAGGCUACACGGACAGCUUUGUGAGUGCCGGAGGACCGGCCAAUCCCAUGAACCCCACCAUAGGAAACGGACUCUCUCCACAGGUUAUGGGUCUGCUGAACCCGGGUGGCGUGCCCCAUCAGCCCCAGAGUGACUACGCCAUCUCCCCUCUGACUGGCGGCCUCGAGCCCCCUGCUGGCAUGGCGGCCAGCUGCAGCCAACGCAUGGAUCACAUCAAGGGUCUGGAGGGUCUCACCAGCGUCCCCUCCAUGUCGGCUCUGCCCUCCCUGCCCAGCUCCCAGUCCUACUGCCCCCCCUCCUACAGCUCACCGGGCUACACCGUGGACCACGUGGCGUCCUACCAGUACGGCCAGUACGGACAAAGUAAGGUGCCCUUUCUUAUCUGAGGCCUGAAAUCACCUGAUCACAAGCUCCGGACUUCACAGAGGGACAUUAGUGUGUACAGCCAUGGAAAUCUUUUAAUAUCUGGACCAAAAUUUAUUUUGCUACCAAUUACCAGGACACAUUGUCUACUGCAGGACAUUAUAAUAUGAAUUCUUGUUGGAGAAAUGGACAAAAAAAAGAAGGGACCACAAGAAGGAAUAUCAGACCAAAAACUGCUGAUUGACUGAACAUUGCAGAGAUGUCAGCGCGGUGGAGCUCCACAGGGCCAUGAAGAGGCGCUUUCCACAAACAAAUCCAAUGACCAAACAGCAUGUGGGGUCUUUGUGAGGAUAUCUAUCCUAAAUUUCUUCGUCAUAAUCUGCCAGCCUUCAAGGCGGUGCUUGAAGGAACAUGUUUACAUAUCUUAGGGCCACAUGAGUACAUAUGAAAUUCCAUGUAUUCCCAAUUUAAUCCCCAAAUUGUAUCUGCCGAAAGGGGAAAAAAGAAAAGGGCUUUGUUGAUUUUAUUGCAUUUAUUUGAGCUCUCUGCAUCCCACACAUGGAGAGAAAUUCCAGAGACAGAGAAAACAAACACGAAUCUGUGGGUUUUAUUGUAUCACAAACUCUAAUGUACACCACAGCUGUACUGCAGUGAAAGUUCAUUCAAACAUUCCUCCUCCUCCCCCUCCGUCUCCCUCGCUCCUCUCGCAUUUCUGUCUCGCUCCUUCUGUCUCAUUGAUGUUUUGGACGGUGAGGCAGGGAUCCCGAGCCUUUUGUAGUUUUCUGGAGAGGAACUCGGAGGAGGUCAGGGGGUGAAUUUAGGGAAAGUGACAGAUGAGAGAGCAGGAGAGGAGAGAAGUGGCUUUAAAGGGAGGGAGGGAGGGAGGUGGGGGAUAGGCAAGAUCGAUCACAGGGUUAACAAACCUUUAAAGAUCCUCUCCUGGCGAGAAAAAGCCGCCGGGUCACAAGUCACGACCGAGAGACACUUGAGAAACAGAGAGAGUUUUGACUAAAGACAGCCAUUCUCCCAGCUGACCAGAAGUGCAAUAUCAUGUAUCUUAAGAGUCCCCAUUAAAGACAAUAAAAGAAAAUCUAACGUGCCUCUUAAAGUCUUACGAAACACUUUGGAUUUAUUCUCUGGAUUUAGUUUGGGACUUUGCAAAGGAACAACACAUGUGCCUUUGAAGGCUUUUGGGUCCAAAACAAAUAAGAAACAUUCUUAAUACUGCUGUCAUAGCACACGGAGGAGCACAUUUGUAAGGACUUAAAUCAGUGUAGUGUCAUGAAGAAAAGAAUGAAACAAGUGGAUGCCAAUGUCAACAGAAAAUUAACCAGGAAUGACAAAGCCAAAACUUUAUUUUAUUUGAUUCUUUUUGUGUUGCUUGGGACCUUUUCUUGUUUCCAUUUUGCAUGAAAAAUAAUGAUUUGGUUUCUAAUGCAUUCCGGACAUAUUUAUUGUGUCAAAUGUUCAGUAUGUCAACAGUGUAAAAUCUCCCACAGUGUACAAGUGAGUGGCAAUACUUUUGGGCUCAGAAUAACAGAGUCUUGUUUCGUACAUCUGUAUAUGUUAGAAUGAACCAGUCCUUUCAUUCCUUUGAUAUAUUUUUUGUAUUAUUUGACAAAGCGAUAUGACAUAAUGUCAUGUGUACAAGCGCAUUAUCACUACUAUUUAUAAUAAAAAUAAAAAUUCUGAAAAUA